GCUGCUAGCAGAGAACUGGGGAAACAGAUGAGAAGAGAGCAAUUGGGUAGGAAAAACGAGCGUUUUGAGAAAGAAGACGGGUAUUUCAGAGAUGCGUUCGCCAACAUUCACGCCUUUUGCCCCGGUUACUGCCCACCAACGUUUCCUCAGCUGCUUGUUUCGACCAGGCGAUACAAAAAGGCUCAGAAAGCGCCCCCAACCCACCCGGGGCAAGGAGGACUUCCCAGAAUGCCCCGCGCCGCCGCUGCCGGACUACAUUUCCCAGCGUGCCCCGCGCUGCCGCGCCGCUGCCGGCCGCCGCAGGGAGGGAGCCGGGCGGGCCAAGAUGGCGGACGGGGUGCUGAGCCCCGGGGUGAACCUGGAGGCCUUCUCCCAAGCCAUCGCCGCCAUCCAGGCGCUGCGUUCCAGCGUGACGCGGGUCUUCGACUGCUUGAAGGAUGGGAUGCGGAACAAGGAGACCUUGGAAGGGCGAGAGAAGGGUUUCGUGGCCGCCUUCCAGGAGAGCCUGCACUCCGUCAGCCGGGACUUGGGCGAGCUGGAGCGUCUGAGCAAUCUGGUUGGUAAACCAUCUGAGAACCAUCCUUUGCACAACAGCGGGCUGCUGAGCCUGGAUCCUGUUCAGGACAAAACGCCUCUUUACAGCCAACUUCUUCAAGCCUACAAAUGGUCAAAUAAGCUGCAGUACCAUGCCGGGCUAGCAUCUGGCCUUUUGAAUCAGCAGUCUUUGAAACGCUCAGCCAACCAGAUGGGGGUAUCUGCAAAACGCAGACCGAAAGCCCAGCCAACAACUCUCGUCUUACCUCCCCAAUACGUCGAUGAUGUGAUCAAUCGCAUUGACAGGAUGUUUCCUGAGAUGUCUAUCCAACUCUCCCGGCCCAACGGGACCUCUGCAAUGCUGCUGGUUACCUUAGGAAAAGUGUUAAAAGUGAUAGUGGUGAUGCGGAGCCUCUUCAUUGACCGGACGAUAGUGAAAGGAUACAAUGAAAACGUCUAUACCGACGAUGGCAAGAUCUACGGGUUUAAACACCACUUUGCAGCAGAAGCAGUUGUACCCCACUCCCAGUAUAUCAGCAUACAAAUGCAGACUAAAGCAUCAGCCCCUCUUCGUCCUGAGUUCUGCUGGGAAGUGAAAGAAUAGCCGAAAAAGCGCUGACACCACUUGUUGGUUUCCCAUGUCACAUUUAAUGUGGGUGUGCUCAUUUUCUCCAAUGAAUCUGGUUUCCUUUGAGGCUCCCUUGAAAUAUAAUUAUGCUGUAUGUGCUGAAAAGAUGAGUAAAAGUUCCUUUGCAAAACUCAGCAUCUGGUGUGGAGCUUCUGUCUCGCUCCAGGUUAGCUCUCAGGAGAGCUGUGUUCCUCCACUGUUGUCAUGUGAGAGCGGUUCUCAGCACGGCUGGCUUUGGGCACGGGGCACUAACCUUUGUCUGUGUCCAUAGGGAGCAGUUACCUCCUCCUGAGCAGCACUGCUAACACCUGCUUUGCCUUCUUGCUUCAAGCAGUCUGCAGGGGAGGCUGUUCUCUACCAACUUACAUUUCAGCAUUCGAAGCGGAGCGAUGCGACUGCUCCCACAGGGCUGAAUGAACCCGUGUCUGUGCCGUGGCAGUUUCUAUUCCACCGGGCCAUCUCAAGGCUGGAGCAAAGCUGGAGGUCUGCAUUUUAGGUAUAAAUAGGAACAUCUCGUCUGACUUCGGUAGAACUGGAGUUGCAGCCUCUUAAAUCACGAGUUAAUUUGGCUUGGAAGAUUGAAUAUAUGCGUAGCUUGCUAGUUUUGCCAACUGGAGCACAUAUUGACAAACAGUGGGCUCCCUUUUUUUCCACUAAUUAACUACACUGGUAAUUGGAGUAUAAGAAUAAGAUAGUGCUCUUGCAAUGAUUCGCUUUACUUUAUUGUGCCUGCUGGGAAUGAGUGAUUACAGUCAAUUGCAAACAUAGUCCAUUCCAAUUCCUUCUCUGUCACAACAGCUGCUGUAGGGAAAGUGCUCCACUGUUCUGGCUUCUCAGUUUCUAGCCUGGUGCUGGGAGGGAAGCAGUAGCACUCAGAGACUCAGAAAGGUAUGAAGAAGAUCAGUGAGUAUCCUCUAUGUUAGAUAAUAAAAGUACAGAGAAGCUUUGGGGUUGCUGUAGGGAGUGUCUGUUUUUCCUAUGAGCAGUUUGCACAGCAAUUGCUGAUUUGGGGGUUUUUUGCUUACAUAUUUGUACGGAGCAUUUAAUAUUUGUAAACAGCAAGGAUGAGAUUAACUAAAAAGGCAUCAUACAGUAUGGCAGUUCUGAAGCUCCUCUGUUUUCUGUAAGUCAUGCUGAAGACGGGAUGCUGGAAUAAGUCAUAGCAUCUCUGCACUUCUCUACGUGUAAAUAGCUGGGUGGUGGUUUUUGAGUAAGCCUCCUAAGCCACGUAUCAAAAGGUCCUUUAAGUAACAAAAGUGAGAUUCUCUGGGGGGAUUUCUCUACAGGGCGAGGUCUGGGGCAAUGCAAUGUAUUCAGCACUGUCCAACAAGAGAGGAAAUGGCCAUCAUUGGGAAACUGAAGGACGGCUCAGGCAGUAAGUGGAACAUGCCUUGUGAGGCACGGAAGAGGAAAGCACAACUGGUUUAGCAAAUUUUGCAUUUCUGGGAGGAGAAGGGAGAGAGAGCAAACAGGAGAGGUAUUGACGUCCCCUGGUGCAUUAGGCAGGCAGAUCUAGAAAUAAAACAAACAUGGGUGGCUCUCAGAGCUGUGGAGCUGCGCGUGGCACAGCUAGCAGGUACACAGGAGAGCUGACGUUGCAUUAUGCAGGUUGCUGUGGGUUGCUGUGCGCUUAGACGUCGCGCUGUCUGCGCUGACAGGAGCUUAUGUGAAAGCUUCCCGUGGUCUCUGCUGUACUGAAGUCUAGUUAAAUUGGUUGCUCUCUCUUACGGACUUAAAUACUUUCAAAACGAAGGUGAAAAAAUGAAAAAAUAGUGUUAAGCUUUCCAUGAGUAAAAUAGGAUACUGCACUUCGGCGUUUUAUUUUCAAGCUUUGCUUAUAUAGACAAAGCAUCAGUGUGUUUCUUAAGUGCUUCAUGUACUUCUCUCGUGAAUUAUUCACAAACCCUGCAGAAUGUGUCUUUGCCAGGUUGCCAGCUGCAUAACUUAGACAUUUUUGGUGACACUUUGCAAAAACAAUAGGUGAGCUGUGGCAGGGCUGUCAUGCAGCCGGCUCUGUAUGCUGACUGCUCUGCCUCUCUCCUGCUUACUGUACCAGCCCAUCACGUCCACCCCAUACUGAUGUGUUUUAAUUAGCCCUGUAGCUUCAGCUAUGGCACCGUGCCACCUUCGAUUUCAAACUUUGACAUACUCAUUGUGCACUGGAAUUUAACCACGGAUAGUAAUUAAUUACUAAUGUUGUCCUGAUUCCUGAAUAAAUGAAGCUGUGCAGCUCGCUCUUGCAAGGCAGGCUGAUCGUCAGCUGAACCAUUAGUUAACCUAGUCUGCCAAUAAAAAUAGAGAUGCAUCGGGAUUCUGCUGGCACGGUGGGUAACACCCUGCUUCUCUUU